CUCCAUUUUUGGCUCUCUCCACUUCUGUAAUCUACUUCUCACAUCCUCGCACGAAUUUCUGCUAGCAGACCGAAAUUCAUAGACCCUAUUUUUUUUUUGAUCGAUUCGAUUCGAAUCCUUCGAUCUCACCAAUCGAUUUACAUCCAUAGAUUUCUCCCUUUUCCUGUUUCCUCUGAAAUUUAGGGUUAGCGUAGGUUUCAUCAAUGAUGCAAGGUGAAGUACAAUUGCAGCCACCGGAUUCGCAGAAGCUGAGUGAUUCGGAUCCCUUAUUGGGAAAUUCUCCAUCUUCUUCUUCUUCUGCGUCUCCUUCCGAUGAGAUAAAUGCUGAAGAUUUGGAGAGUGGUUCUGCAUCAGCUCCUUGCUGUCGUAUAUGUCUGGAGAACGAUAGCGAAUUGUUAGGCGAUGAACUGAUAUCACCGUGUAUGUGCAAAGGCACUCAGCAAUUCGUUCAUCGUUCAUGUCUCGAUCAUUGGCGAUCCGUCAAGGAAGGUUUUGCUUUCUCUCACUGCACCACCUGCAAAGCGCAGUUCCACCUCCGUGUCGAACCCUUUGAAGAUAACAACUCUUGGCGUCGAAAAGCCAAAUUCAGACUCUUUGUCGCCAGAGAUGUGCUUUUGGUUUUCGUCGCUGUGCAGACUGUUAUAGCUGUGAUGGCCGGAUUUGCGUACAUGAUGGACAAAGACGGAGAGUUUCGCAACUCUUUCAACGAUGAUUGGGAUCGUAUACUGUCAAAACAUCCCAUCCCGUUUUACUACUGCAUCGGGGUUGUAACCUUCUUUGUGCUGAUUGGGUUUCUUGGGCUCAUUCUUCAUUGCUCUUCUCUCAACGGUAAUGACCCGAGGAUGGCUGGGUGCCAGAACUGCUGUUACGGAUGGGGUAUCUUGGAUUGUUUCCCUGCAUCAAUGGAAGCUUGUUUCGCUCUUGUUGUUGUGUUUGUCGUCAUCUUCGCCAUUCUUGGCUUAGCUUAUGGUUUUCUUGCUGCUACGAUGGCCAUUCAAAGGAUUUGGCAGAGACAUUACCAUAUUCUAACCAAGAGAGAGCUCACAAAGGAGUACAUUGUGGAGGAUCUUCACGGAUGUUACACUCCCCCGAAGCUGGAUGCAGAGCACGAAGCAAGACUGAAAUUGCUGAAACUUAUGUGACCGUUCUUUAAUUGCAAAUAAAGGUCAUAUGGAUUCGGACAAAAAGUUUUAUGCAUGUUUGUUCGUAAAUGUCUUUCUAUUUUUUUAUCUCUGUCUUUAUAUAUUGUUGACCUUUUCCUAUUUAUAA